AUGAAGAGAAGAAUAAGAUGGCAAAGGGAAGGAUCAGGGCAAAGCUCCGGCGAAGCAGUCUAUACACAUUCGGAUGUUACCGGCCACAAACCGCCGAUGCAGAGGAGCCACAUCAAUUCCAAGGUCCAGGGUAUUCGCGAAUGGUAUACUGCAACCAGCCUCAUGUCCACCAAAAGAAACCUCUCAAGUACAGCUCCAAUUACAUAUCAACCACAAAGUACAAUGUCAUCACGUUCCUUCCCAAGGCCAUCUUUGAACAAUUCCGUCGUGUUGCCAAUGUAUACUUCCUGCUAG